CAGAUUCAUGCAAGCCCCGAACACUUGCCGAGAGAGAAUAUGUGUUCCUCAUUCUGGUUUUAAAUUGUUUGUUUGGAAAUUAAAGGUGAUGCAAGAAAGGACUGAACUAAAGAAGAAUGAAGUUCCCCUGCCUUUCCUUCCGGCAACCUUAUGCUGGGUUGGUUUUAAAUGAAGUAAAAACAAUAGAGACCCGUUGGCGACCAUUGCUGGCCCAGUACGAGUCCUGUACCAUUGCUGUCCACAUUGCCUUUAAAGACUGGGACGACAAAGCCUGGAAAGACAUCCUCACAAACAGACUUGGCAUGACAGUGACUCAAAUUGAAGAACUAUUGGAUGCAGGUGAAAGGUUUGGAAGAGGUGUUGUGGCAGGACUGAUUGACAUUGGGGAGACAUCACAGUGCCCAGAACUCUUGCCUCCUGAAGACAUUUUGGUACUAGAAAAUAAAGCUAUCCUGUCAGGCCUGGAGCAGAAAUACCUGACAGUUAUUUCAAACCCCAGAUGGUUGUUGGAACCUAUUCCUACACGAGGACGCAAAGAUGUCUGGCAGGUGGACAUCCCAGAGGAACUGAUUCCUUCUUUGGACUACUCCUGAAGAUUUUUUCUUUAUGGUCCCUUAACUCUACAUUUUCCAAGCUAUUGAAAUGGAGUAAUUUUCUUCUAUUGACCUUAAUGUAGACCACUAUUAUAAAGUGAGCAAGUGCCUGAUACCUUGGUGUUAUCACUCUUGCAAAUGGGGAACAUUAAUGGAAUAGUUGGGGUCACCAGUAAAAGUAUGCUUUGUUGAAGCUU